AUGUAUGUGUUUUGCUAUGGAUCUAACAACCCGCAUUAGCUCUCAGAGAGGCUUACAACUACGAUUCCAGACAUAAUGGAACGUAGUAUCAGCUGCACAUUGUAAAACUAUUAGAGAGUGUUUGCCUACAGGUCUAGGAAAUGGAAUGGGAGUGUUGCUUCGGUCGUGCCAGUUGAUGGCGCUGAGUGCUAAGGCUAUGCAGUUCUAUUGUCUCCAGAAGAGAUCAAAAGACUUGAUGUGUUUGAAUCAUAUCCAAUUAUGUACGAUCGAGUAACAGUGCAACUAAUGAACCACCAGACAAAUGAUUUAGUCGAAGGACUAGUGUACGUGAUGAAUCUGAGAGACGAGUUCGUAGAGCCAAGUGAAGCCUACAUUACUGCUUGUUCUAAGACAUUCUCAACUCAUCAUUAUCUGAGGAAUCAAGAGACAUUUAAAAACAACGAACUAGAUUAUGACUAUGACAUUUAUGAUGGAGUUAGUUUAUAGCUUAUCAAAACUAUCAAGGUAACAGCAUCUAUUGACUUCUUAAAUCUUAGUAAAGAAUGA